AUCCACUUGCUCGAGAAAUCCAUUUUUGUUUACCAAUAAUUAACCAUCACAUCGUCUAGAAGGUUAAGGAUCGACUACACGUAAACGAAUCGGAAUGUUGGAAGAAAUAGACGAGUUAGAAGUAGACGAAGCGUUUUUUGGGGCACUUCAGGAGAACCAUUCGGUAGAGGAAUCCGAGCAAGCGAAAGCGUUAAUCGCAGAGGGAGACAUCGAAGGAGAAGCCUCCGAAGCACGCCGAUCUCACCAUACAUUCCAAGACAUCUGCGAUGAUCCGCAAUCACUGCUCAUGGGAAGUAGAAGGCCUCGAUCCUCGUCUUCCGAAUUGGCGCCCGAGGUGGAUGAGGAGGAGGAGGAGCCGGCGGAUAGAUCUGUCAAGAAAUUCAAGCUGGAUUCGGUUGAUGCUCCUCAUCAAAACAUCGUUCAGGAUUCAAUCUCGAAAGAAAUUCCUGAUGUCACUCACAAUGCCGCCAUGGUAUCUAAUUCAAGGCAAUCUGAAAAUCGCAAGGGAGUCGAUGAAGGUCUAAAUGGACUGGAUGUUUUAGAACUCGACGAAGCUUUCCCUCCACUCCCAGGACAAGAGCCGGGCUCUGAGAAGGAGAACAAUGACAACGAUUCAGCCCUUGCCGGACCGUCCAAGGGUCGAGAAGGCAGUCUGGCGACGUUGGAAUUGGAGAUAGACGAAAGCUUUAUGGUCCCGAUGAAGCCGAUCCCCCAGCCGUCUGUGCCAGCGUUUGAACGGAUCAGAAGAGACGAGCCGAUCUCCGAUUCGCCGGUUUCCUUUGAUGAGAUGAUGGAUGAGGCGGAGAACCACGGAGGAGGAGACGAUCUCUUGGAGAUCGAUUCCCAGUUCGGCGACAGUCAUCUCAAUCGUCCUACCUCUGCCCAAGCUCCAAUCCCUGCAUUCAACUCUCGUGCAUCUCUGCUUCAAGAAGAAGCAGAGCCCCGCAGAGAUCUCUCCGAUCCGUAUCAGGCGCGCUGGGUCCCUACUGCCUCCAUCAUGGCCACUAGGCUCGACGGAACUCAGUUCAGAAUCCCUCGACGAAAGAAAAUCGGCUCUACUCAGGUUACUAGGGGUGGUGCACAGCCUACUGAAGCUUUACGAAAACAAUGUCUCGAAUUACUUGAUGAACCGAUUCAUAGAAUGUUACAAGCAGUCCGCGAAGAGAUUUUACAUAAAGACGCCCUGGCCGUAGCGUCGGCAAGUCUACCGCCUAAAGUCGAAACCUCAAAUCCUGGACCCCGGUCUCUUUGGACAGAUCGCUAUCGACCAGUCAAGUUCAUUGAUUUGAUUGGCGAUGAGCGGACAUUUCGGAGCGCCAUGAGCUGGUUAAAGACGUGGGAUAGAUGUGUAUUCAAGAAAGUAGAAUCUAACAAACGGAAACGGCAGAGUAAAGUGCAACCACAAUGGAAUGCGAAUGGGCCAUCGAAUUCGUUUGCCGAAGCAGCCGAGACGGAUCCGUAUGGACGUCCACACGAAAAGGUGUUGUUAUUAGCGGGUAAGCCGGGUCUAGGGAAGACGACGAUGGCGGAAGUUUUAGCGACCCAGGCUGGAUAUCAAGUCAUUGAGAUCAACGCCAGUGACGAUCGAAGUUCACGGACGGUGACUGAUCAGAUUAAGAGCGCAUUGGAAAGUCGGACGUUGGAUGCUGGGGCCAAGUUUGGAGGGGGCCUUUCACUCAAAUCUAACCGUCCAACCUGCGUGAUCAUCGAUGAAAUUGAUGGCGCUGCCGCCGGCGGUGGUGGUGGUGGUGGAGCUGGUGGAAGCGAGGCUGGCUUCGUUAAGGCUCUGGUCAAGUUGGUCACUGAAGGAAGUAGUAAUGCUCCCAAAUUCAACAGUAAAGGAAAAAGUCUAGAUCAAAGGCCAUUACUGCGUCCGAUAAUUUGUAUAUGUAAUGAUUUAUAUGCACCAGUACUGAGGCCACUCCGGCCGAUUUCGCGAAUCAUCAGGUUCAACAAUCCGACGCCAUUGACGAUCGUGAAACGAUUGCAGACGAUCUGCAAAUCCGAGAAGUUGCUAGCUGACCUGAACAAUCUCAAUUAUCUGGUCAAGUUAGCCUCGGGUGAUUUGAGGAGUUGUUUGAACACUUUGCAGUUCAUCAGCACCCAGAGUACUACCCUCACCGAUCAGAUCAUCAAGUCCGCCGUCGAAGCUAGUGUCAAAGACUCUGGCUCGUCUAUCCAAACCGUCCUCUCUCAUUUGUUCAAAAUCCCAGUCAGAAAAUCAGCAAAUAAGGAUUCCUCUGGCUCGAAGAAUUCAUACCUCAAUGAUUUGGUUAGGGACAUAAGCGCCUGUGGCCAGAAUGAUCGGAUCAUCCAAGGCUGUUUUGAGUCUUAUUUAGGGAUGAAGCAGCCGACGGAUCUAUGGCAGACGUAUGACCGCUUGCACGAAUGGUUAGACUUCCACGACCGCUUGGAGACAAAGAUCUGGAAGGAGCAGGAGUAUCAGUUGUCGGGUUAUGUGCCCUAUUCGAUUGCGAUCUGGCGAGAACUGAUGGGAAACGUGACGAAUAAGGCGCCUGAUUAUCCGAAGAUCGACUACGAACAUUUCCUCAAACGGUCUAUCAACGAGGAAACUCUGUCAUCCUUCAAUUCGCAUUUGCCGCCCAUCGUCAAGGCUAGCUUCAAAUCUCAGGAAGUCGUCUGUGAACUCCUGCCCUUCUUGAUCAGGAUCCUCUCCGUCGACCUCAGACCUGUGAACUCUAAGUUGAUCAAAAAGGAGGAGAAAGACGUCCUUGCUAGACUCGUUUCUAUCAUGAUCGAACUCGGCUUGAAGUUUGUGCAAGAUAAGAGUGAGGACGGUCAACUCUCAUAUACCUUAGAACCAGCGGUUGAUUUUCCAGUUUAUUACGAGGGUAAACGACCGAUUGAUAUCCCACCACCGAGGUAUUCUGUCCGACAAAUGAUUCUCAAUGAGAUGAACCUGUUGUCUCGUGCUCGUAAGCAAGAUCGGCCGACCACUUCCAGCUCCGAUGCAGCAUCCGGGACGGCUGCUUCCAUCAUCAAUGCUUAUAAACAGAAACCUAAUGGAUUGAAAUCCGAUCUUCCGGAGAAAGUGGCACUCGAUUUCUUUGGACGGAAACGGGUUGAAACAGAUCCCAAAAAAUGUCCUGAUAACGGUCAGAAAGAUCUUCCCAAAGAGAAAAUCAAAAUCCUUUAUCGAUAUCAUGAGGGAUUUUCUAAUGCUGUAAAAAAAGGAAUCACGUUUAAUGAAUUGAUGAUGAAAUGAAUAUCUGUUAUUUUUAUCAUAUCAAUUUUCAUCCAUUUUUGGUACUUUUUGACUCAAUUUAACCAGUCG